UUCAAUCGUCCUGGUGUGGCCAUACCGUCACACCAAUAUGAAUUCAAUGGCUUCCCCAGUCUUCAGCUUUCAGGCUGGCUAGCCCCGUCUUGUCUUCACCACAAAGUGUCUCACUGUUCUAGUCAUAGCAAGGUCGUCGACAAUUUCGCACACCGGAUCCUGGCGAGUAUGUGUCUCUCGUUUCAUCUCGAGUGUCUGGAGUAUGCUCCAUGGUCAGUAAGGUGCCGGUGCUCGAGUUGAUGUUGGCAAGCGCGCCUUCUCAAUUAGGUACCUGGGCAGGGAGGACUCUGCACAUCCUCCUCCCUGCUUCUUGCCGUCAAUCUAGUAGAUCCCCUGCUAGAUUUACCCUCAUCUGCCACAGCCAAACUUCCACUGAUGAGAGAUAUCCUUGGCGGGACGCUCUCCCCAAUCCCGGCGCCUCUUCUCGGCCCGGAAGCCACGGGACUCAGCCCUUUCUUUCUUUUGUCAACCGACGCCAGUUCACGUCUACAAGGCGUGGCUUGCUUUUAACAAGCGCAUGCAGAUUGGCGCGGAGCCUUGCGUUGACGCCAUCCAGUCUACUGCUCAACCCCAAUCAAUUGUGACUCUGUAUGAGGUGUUCGAGGUGACACUUGGGCUUAAUGGCUCCAUGGUUGUCCUUAUGG